AGGACAAACCGCUGACCGGUCGCAAAGCUGAUGUUAUUAAAGCUGCACAUUUAUGUGCCGAGGCAGCUCUUCGUUUAGUGAAGCCAGGCAAUCAGAAUACGCAAGUGACGGAAGCUUGGAACAAGAUUGCUCAGUCUUUUAAGUGCACUCCCAUAGAAGGAAUGCUGUCACAUCAGCUGAAGCAACACGUAAUCGAUGGGGAGAAAACCAUCAUUCAGAAUCCCACAGACCAGCAAAAGAAGGACCAUGAGAAGGCGGAGUUUGAAGUGCAUGAAGUUUACGCUAUUGAUGUGCUGAUCAGCACUGGGGAGGGCAAGGCAAAAGAUGCUGGUCAGAGGACAACUGUGUACAAAAGGGACCCAACCAUUCAAUAUGGUUUAAAAAUGAAAACAUCCCGUGCCUUUUUCAGCGAAGUUGAAAGGCGGUUUGAUGCCAUGCCAUACACCCUGAGGGCGUUUGAGGAUGAGAAGAAAGCCAGGAUGGGAGUGGUGGAAUGCGCCAAACACAAACUUCUUCAGCCGUUCAAUGUACUGUAUGAGAAGGAAGGAGAGUUUGUGGCUCAGUUUAAGUUCACGGUCCUACUCAUGCCAAAUGGCCCGAUGAGAAUCACCAACGGUCCAUUUGAACCGGAACUCUACAAGACUGAAUAUGUCGUGCAAGAUGUUGAGCUAAAGGCCCUGCUCGAACGCUCAGCGAGCCGAAAGGCUCAGAAAAAGAAAAAGAAGAAGGCUUCCAAAAACGCAGGUGAUGCCACCGCCGCUGACUCAAAUGAGAAGAAUGCGGCUGGAGAUUGAUCUCGUUACCAUCGCCCCAGAACUGACCUGACCUUUCAGCUAGUGUCUGUACCCAACAGCGAGAUCCAGAUGCAUUUUCUUCCCCCCCCCACCCCCGUGCUGUUUUAGAGCCCAGCUUGCGGGGGACCUUUCUACCAGCUCCUAUAUACUUACACCGAGGGAAACCACCUUAACCUGUGGUUACAACUGCAGAACUACUUU